AUGGGAGAUACUGAUUUUAACGAGCUUUUGAGAGAAGCUGAACAACUUUCAGCAGCCGUUGAAGGAAAUGGAGAACUUCCACAGGUUGAAAGAAAUCUUCGCCAGAUAUUGCAGGAUUCCAACGAACUCUUGUCUCGUGUUAUGCAAACUGGCACCCAGGACAAUCAAGUCCAGGCACAUCUUCUUCUGGGUUCUCGAGGAGUCGAUUUACCUCAGAUUUCUCAGAAACUCAAUUCUCUUAGCACUCGAAGGACAUUCGAACCGUUGGAUCCAAUUGCAGAUACGGAUAUUGUUAGUUACCUCAGGAAUGAGAAAGAAAACGCUAUUUUAUCCAUUAUUGAACAAGUCCAUAAGGAUACCUUCCAGUUGAAUAGAGUACAGCAAGUAGAACACAUUCUAGGCGAAUGGAAGCAAAUGCGAUACGAAAUAAUGAAUGCCAUGACGGCUCCGUCUGGAGAAUUGGUCGAUUUACGAGGAACACCCCAGCGCACAAAAUUAGCUGGCUCAAUGAUCAGUGGACUCUCCAGUGUGGAAGUUGCUUACGCCAAAGAACUGCAAAACUACAACGAUCAUAUUCUUCGUGGUGUUACAAGACCCAGUUUGUUUGCACUCUAUUCCAAAGCUGCAGAGUCCUUCAACGAUAAAAAAGUAUUGGACAUGUGGCAAAUGGUGAAGUGCAUGGUCGACAUUCCUCCGACGCCAAGAGGACAUCAAAUACAGUCAAGAUCGAGUCCUCAAGUCGAGCAAAAGAUCAUUCAUCAGGCACGCAAGUACCUUGAGAAUAGAUACAAGGAAUUCAUGAACUCAGUUGUCAAUGAGAAUCUGGCACAAGCAAAACGUGGUGGAUUGCCGGGAACGUUGCCACUCGUCAAGAGUUUCGUUGGCAUUAAAGUACAGAAUUUCCGUGACUUGGAAGACGUUCUUAUUGAUGAUAAGCCUCUAUGGCCGCUCAUUUAUUAUUGCAUGAGAGCGGGCGACUUUAAAGCUGCGCUCCAGUGUUUAAGUCAGUGUGGCUCGGCUUUUCAAGAAUUUAGACAAGCCCUCGAAGAAGCUUCGAAAGAUCCUGAACUUCGACCUGGAGGUCGUACUGAGUCGAUCGUAAAAUUACACUACAGAAAGCAUGUGCGAUCCGCGACUGAUCCUUACAAGAGAGCAGCUUAUUGUGCCCUCGUUCCGUGCGAGCCUGACGAUCUUCAUUCUGAGAUCAUGUCCACGGCUGAUGAUUAUCUCUGGCUCAAAUUGUGUCAAAUUAGGGAGCAACCUGACCCCGAACAUAAACUGACGCUGGAUAGUUUGCAGACGACGAUACUGGAAGUGUAUGGGGAAUCCUAUUAUCACGCACAUGAGCAGCCUUUCUUGUACUUUUCUAUGCUCUUUCUCACUGGACAGUUCGAAUCAGCAAUUGAGUUUUUGGCAAGAGGAGCUGGAGCUCGUCAUUUGCCUCAUGCUGUUCAUUUGGCGACAGCUAUGCAUGAGCACAAUUUGUUAGCCGUUAGUCAAAGUGUUUUAGCGCCACUAAUAAGUACUGAUCUUGCUGACAAACCUCCAGCGAAAAGGCUCAAUUUCGCGAGACUGAUCCUGCUUUAUGUUAAGAGAUUCGAGUCUUCAGAUCCCAAGGAAAGUCUUCACUACCUCUUUUUAUUGAGGAGCAUGAAAGAUCCCUACGAAAGGAACAUGUUUGCGGCAUCAACUGCGGAAAUGGUGGUAGACGCAACCGCCACAAAUCGAUCCUUAUUAAUUGGAAGGAUCGACAAAGAUCGGCGACUGCCAGGGGUUUUAGAUCAAUUCCAGGUCAAUACAGACGAUAUUAUAAAUAUUGCUGCUGAGACCUUGUACAGGAAAGGGCUUUUGGAAGACGCAGUAUCGAUGUACGAUCUGGCUGGAAAUCACGAGAAAGUUUUGAAUUUAAUGUGCAUGCUGUUGGCACAAGUCGUGAGUCAAAAGGGAGAACCUGGAUCAUUGAGAGCGCGACUGCACGAGACGGCCACUGAACUUAGUGUUAGGUAUCAAGGAUUACCAAUUCAAGCCCCUUCUGAAUUAGUAGCAGCUUUUUACACAUUGCGAGAUCUGAUAGUCUUUUUUGACCAGUUUCACAACGAGCAGCAUCAAAGUGCUUUGAUGACUAUCGCUGAGUCGAGAUUGUUGCCUUUGAGUAUGAAGGAAGUUGAUGAACGAGUUACUGCUUUGCGUCGUGUCUCCCCGGAAGUUUCAGGCACCUUAGCUGAUGUUCUUUUGGCUACAAUGACGAUUCUUUAUAGACAGUAUCAGAAAUUACGUUCGGCGGAACCCGGCGAUGAGGUCGCUAGAGAACAGCAACUGAGAGACUUGAGGGACCAAGCUCGUGCUUUAACGAGCUUUGCCGGAACUUUGCCUUAUCGUAUGCCAAACGAAACUAAUAGUAAACUUGUUCAGAUGGAGAUACUUAUGCAUUGAGAUUUUUUUUUUCUGUAAAACAAAUUCUUUAGUGUAAUUAGGUAUUAACAGUAUUU